GAUCCUCCAUGACACCUUCGUGUCCACUGGGUGGCGGUAAAGCAACUUAUUGGAUGCCAACCGCCAUUAAAACCAAAGAAGAAGAAGACGGAAGCAGUUAUUCCGAUGGCCGUGAAUGCAGCGCAUGUGACGCCUCAUGGGACACGGCAGCCAUGGCAACAGGUCCCAGCAGACAGACGGACAGACAGACAGACAGCUGACACAUCAACAAGUUGCCCAGCUCCUCUUCUUCAGUGUGUCGGUGUGUCGGUGUGACACCGAGCCGGUAGGUGAAACUGUUUAAAGUCACUUAGUAACCGUGACGGAACCGGAAGUGUUAAUGAGCUCCGGUCCGACUCUCGUUAAAACAAACGAGCGUCACUGUUAAUUAGUUCAGAACACAGCUAACAUGCUAACUAAGCCGCUAGCCUGUGACUGUAACGCGUCCGUGUGUGACGUCAGCUUUAUUCUCAUGAUGUAAACAACAUUAAAGUUUCCCGGUGACGGAACUUUAUCGCCGUUUGAUCGGUAACUUCAGCCGCGUGCUCCAGCACCAUGUCCGGGGAGCGAGCGCCGGUACCGUCCGGGGGGAACGGCCUCCUCCGCGGGAGCCGCACCAGGUCUUACGGCAGUUUGGUCCGGUCUCCCCGCUCUCCGGUUCACCAGAGGCGGAUCGAACACAAGAUUCAGCCCGGAGAGACGCUCCAAGGCCUGGCGCUCAAAUACGGAGUGACGAUGGAGCAGAUCAAACGAGCCAACAGGCUGUACACCAAUGACUCCAUCUUCCUCAAGAAGUCCUUGUCGAUCCCCGUGCUGUCAGACCCGGAGCGCUGCAGUAACGGCGUGGAUUUAGAUGAAGAGGACAGUGAAGAUGACAGUGACGGCUUUGCUUCGGCUCCAAACAGACGCACAGGGAGCUCUUCUGACAGGAAGCAGAAUGACGACAAUGACAGGAUGUGUGACCUCACACCAGGGGACUUUCUGAAGAGGUUGGACGGGUUGAUAAGUCAGUCCAAGCAGGCUGCUGUCAGAGGCUGUCAGGAGGCAGAGAAAAGGGUUGCCGCCCUCGAAGCAGCCUGCACCAGCAGGACAUCAGACCGGCGGCCGCUCACAAGGUCACAGAGCGCCAUGUUAUCUUCCAGAGCGCAGCAGCAGCAGCAGGCGUCACAUGUGGCCGUACCCCUCACCAUCACCAAACUCACCAAACUGAGAGACCGGGAAGAUGAGAUCUUCCAGCUGUGACAUGUUGUUCCUGCUGAUCAUUAAAGACGUGUCGGCUGCAGGGUGUGAACUCCAGAUCUCCACUGAUCCUCCUGCUGCUCCCUGGACCUGAAACUGAAAAGUCUUUUUGAUACAGACUUUGGUUUUUUUAGCAGGUUUUUAAAUGGAUAUUGCACUUUGUGAAUCCUUUGUAUUUAUGUGUUGACACACUGAAGAUCAGGGGUGCUCAACUCCCUGUGUCUGGGGGCCACUUUUGUAAAAUGACAGGAGAUAAGGGGCCCGCUGCAGCAGCCCCGCACAGGUCAGGUGUCCGCAGGCGUGUUCCUGGUGUUUGAUGACAUUCAGAGCUCAGCCUGGUCCUCUGUCAGCGGGGCGAGGAGGAUCCUCUCCUGCACAACCUCCAUUCUGAUGCUCUUUAAGCACUCUGGCACCUUAUCUCCACCCAAAGUAUGAGACACACAGUCCCCAGUGUGAAUCAGUUUGCUUUUACUGUGAAUCAGAAAAAGGUCGGCGGGUCAGCGGCGCCCUGUCAUGGGCCAGAUGUGGCCCACAGGCCGCAGGUUGAGCAUCACUGCUGUGGAGUAUGAAACACUACAUGUGGCCCAUCGCUGUGUUUGUUUCCACCAACAGGAAACAAGCGUGAAAUGUUAAAAAGAGACUCUGCAGACACACGUUGGUUCAGUCAUGUGACUCCUCACAUGGUCGACUCAGCAGGUGGUUUGUGUGUGAUGCUACCUCACAGCCUGAUGGUGCGACGCUGGCCAAGUGUUGGGACUGACGCCUGCAGCCAUGUUGGUCACGUGUUGGUGUGUGAGUCAUGUUCACUGUGAUAUUAACUAACUGUUACUGCUGAUUAAUUUAAACUCUAACAUAGCCAAAGUUUUUUAGAAGAAGAGAGACGUGUCUCUGAGAAAAUAUUUU